AUGAGUCCAUGUGACAGCGAGGGGAGGGCACAGUGGCCAAAAGGAGUUAGGCACAAGAAUGUGAGGAGGAGAGAUGGAAACAAGAGUGAGAGUGAGUACAGCAAAGUUACCGAAGCUGGCUUGAAAUUAAGGUGAGAGCCGCAGCCCAGCCGUGUUGGGAUGAGCGCCACAAUGAACGUCACAUUAGUCUACAAGGGAAUAACUGACAUUUACAAUGAGGCAAACGUCUCUGGCAAUGGAAGUGGUAUGGGUGUCUUGAACAUCCCCCCUUCCCUAAACAAAGCCAUCAACAUCCUCUUGGUCGGCAUCCUCUUCAUCAUCAUGAUAUCUCUUGGCUGUACGAUGGAGAUUUCCAAAAUAAAGGCCCAUCUCUUUAAGCCAAAAGGAGUAUCCAUUGCUCUGCUGGCCCAGUUCGGCAUCAUGCCCCUGACUGCUUUCUCUCUAGCCAAAAUCCUGCAGAUGGAACCCAUCAAGGCUGUGACUGUGCUCAUCUGCGGCUGCUGUCCAGGGGGAAGCCUGUCCAACAUUUUUUCCCUGGCUAUGAAGGGUGACAUGAACCUCAGCAUCGUGAUGACCACCUGCUCCAGCAUUGCUGCUCUGGGUCUGAUGCCGUUGCUGCUCUAUAUCUACUGCCAAGGUUUUGACGGUCUGGAAGAUGUCGUACCGUACGUCGGCAUCAUCUCUGCUCUCGCCCUCACCCUAGUGCCUUGUGCCAUUGGCAUAGCCAUAAACCACUACAAACCCAAAUACUCACCGUUCAUCAAGAAAGCUGGUCUCGGCAUCCUGACAGUUGCAGCUGUCCUAGUGUUCGGUCUGUCUUAUUUCGCCAUCAAAGAUGUGUUAUGGCUCGUCCUCACACCGGAUGUGCUGGCCGUGGCGGCUCUGAUGCCUCUGAUUGGAUUUACACUGGGAUAUGUGAUGUCUAUGAUAUGCAGACUCGGUCCAAAAUGCAGCAGGACAGUCUCCAUGGAAACAGGGUGUCAAAACAUCCAGCUGUGCACUACCAUCCUUAAAGUGGCCUUUUCCCCCCAGGUCAUAGGACCCAUGUUUCUCUUCCCGCUGGUAUACUUCACAUUCCAGAUUGCGGAGGCCCUGCUGCUGACCCUCUGCUUCAGAUGUUACCGAGCAUUCAAGCCAUUGGCCGAGGACGGUGAUGAUGUUAAACAAAAGGGAGGUGAAGCGGCCAUGAUAGUGCCACAAAUCACCGCCUAGUGCUGGAGCGAGGAGCCGAAUCCUACCUAGUGAAGACUCCAUAACAUGUUCUACACUCAGGCCUGUGAUAGGGAAGACUGGUGAAACAAGGGCGACUAAUACUCUUAAUACUGUCUACUUAAUCAAUUCUAUAAAAUGGUGACUAUAUGUACGGUUUAAUAUGCCAUGAUUUAAAAAAUAUAUAUAUAUAUUUUGUAUUUAUAUUUUUGUACUUAAAAUGUGCUAAUUUUGUGACUUACAAUUUGACAAUAAAUGAA